GGAGAGAGCGGCAAGAGCACCUUCAUUAAGCAGAUGAGGAUCAUCCAUGGAUCGGGAUACUCUGAUGAAGACAAGAGAGGUUUUACCAAACUGGUGUAUCAGAACAUCUUCACAGCGAUGCAGGCCAUGAUCAGAGCUAUGGACACUCUCAAGAUCCCCUACAAGUAUGAACACAAUAAGGCUCAUGCACAGUUGGUUCGAGAGGUCGAUGUGGAGAAGGUGUCUGCUUUUGAGAAUCCAUAUGUAGAUGCAAUAAAGAGCCUGUGGAAUGAUCCUGGAAUCCAGGAGUGCUACGAUAGACGGCGGGAAUAUCAGUUAUCUGACUCUACCAAAUACUAUCUGAAUGACUUGGACCGUGUAGCCGACCCUUCCUAUCUGCCUACACAACAAGAUGUGCUUAGAGUCCGAGUCCCCACCACAGGGAUCAUCGAAUACCCUUUUGACCUACAAAGUGUCAUCUUCAGAAUGGUCGAUGUAGGAGGCCAGAGGUCAGAGAGAAGAAAAUGGAUACACUGCUUUGAGAAUGUCACCUCGAUCAUGUUUCUAGUAGCACUUAGUGAAUAUGAUCAAGUUCUUGUGGAGUCAGACAAUGAGAACCGAAUGGAGGAGAGCAAAGCACUCUUUAGAACAAUUAUCACAUAUCCCUGGUUCCAGAACUCCUCUGUUAUUCUGUUCUUAAACAAGAAAGACCUUCUAGAGGAGAAAAUUAUGUAUUCCCACCUAGUUGACUACUUCCCAGAAUAUGAUGGACCCCAGAGAGAUGCCCAGGCAGCUCGAGAAUUCAUCUUGAAGAUGUUCGUGGACCUGAACCCUGACAGUGACAAAAUUAUCUACUCCCACUUCACAUGCGCCACAGAUACGGAGAACAUCCGCUUUGUCUUUGCUGCCGUCAAGGACACCAUUCUGCAGCUGAACCUGAAGGAGUACAAUCUGGUCUAACCGUGCCUCCCAGAAACCGUUCUUCCCUUCCCUAUGGGCUGUUGAAGAAAAACAAGAGGGACUGUAUUUCUGUGGGAAACAAUUUGCAUAAUACUAAUUUAUUGCCGUCCUGGACUCUGUGAGCGUGUCCACAGAGCUGUAGUAAAUAUUAUGAUUUUAUUUAAACUAUUCAGAGGAAAGAGGAUGCUGAAGUACAGUCCCAGCACAUUUCCUCUUUUUUUUUUUUUUUUUUUUUUUUAGGCAAACCUUGCGACUCAAUGUAUUUUAAAUUUUUAGUCAUUCACUCACAAUAUAAAAGCACUCCUGUCAUUUGUUCUCUCUCUCUCUUUCUCUCUCAUCCUUUCUUUUCCUUCCUCCGCUUUCCUGUUGACCAAAAGAAAGCUGAUUUUUCUUCUUCCUAUUCCAUUCCUCCAUGCUGUUUUUCUUUUCUCUCAUAUUACAAUGGCUUUUACCGUAGUUCCAUUCUUGGUCAAGUUUCUCGGUCGAGUGAUGUGGUCAGGACAGUGUCAUUCGAUUGAAGCCGUCUUAUAUCAGCUUUGUUUUAACAGUGCUCCUGAUGAAGGUGUGUCUGUGUUACUACUAUGUUUUAAAUGUAUCUCUCUGGAUGCACAUCACAGCUAGUAUUUCUUUUUCAAUACAUACAUGCACAUACAUGUAUAAUCUAUAUCGUCUUGUCUCACUUGAGCCAGGACAGUGGGUGCCCAUUGAUGGUUAAGAGGCAUAUCUUUUAGGUGCAGACCGUCAGCCAUAGCUGAUUGUACAGAGAAAUGUAUGGGAGUCAAAGUGUAGGCACAGGCUGUGAAGAGGUCCUUGCUUCUCCACCCCUUGUGCCACAUCCUUCCUCUCUUCCUUGCUUCCUUUUAUUUCUCGUUAGGUUUUUCACUCUCUCUUUAAACCACAGAUGCCAAAUGAUAUGCCAACAGACACUACAUUCCCCAGCAGCUGCUGCCAGAGCCCUCUUGUAGCUUCUUCAUUUUCUGUUUGUUUCAACUUUCCUUCCCUCCUGUCCCCCCUUGUGUUUGGGCCAUAAUUUUAAAAUAAUUUUUAUUAUGGGUAUGUGUUGCCAAAGCCAGAUUUUUAUAAGACAAAAUAAAUUAAGAAUUUAAACAGUAAAAGCCAGCGUCUCAAAAUGUAAGCAUUAAGACAGGGAGGGGGGUGACAGCUGGGUGUGAACCGGAAACACACGUUGCCAAACAGUUGCUAACUGAACUGCUUCUCAUGGUCCGUUCUUUUCUUUGCCCUUAAGGUCAGUGCCAGUGUCCAGAUGAACAGUGUAGAAAAGUACCCUGUGUGGUUUGUCAUGAGAUCUGUUCGUUCUCUACUGGCACCAGUUGUGUGUUCUUUUAAGUUCAAGUGAGCCUGCCAAGAACACUGGUGGAUAGUAUUAGCCUGAAACCUUUGAUUUGGGGGAAAAAAAAAAACAAAAGUGAGCUGGCUUUACCACCUUCAGGAUCUUCUUGAACUGGUCACUUGAACUUAAGGAAGAUUUGUCGACUUAUUCAAAAGUCACCACUCAGUGUUCCGUCAAGCAUGUAUUUAUGUGACGAUCAUCUAGGAGAGAUGUUUGGAAUUCUCCCUGUGCAAUCUGUCAGCAGAUGCAAGCAGUGCUGAACAUGUGUGAGUGAGCAGCCUACAUCAUAUGUCUUUUAAGUAGAUCGUGAUUGCGCUAAGGCUGCUGGGAAGUUAGACUGGGAUACCAGUGUCAUUCGUGCUUGGCACUUGGCUGAACUUCCAUAUAAAUCACUUUUCUUGAAUAACAAAGGAGGGAGAGAGUGAGCAGCUCACUGUAUGAACAUUGAAAUUGCUGACUCGUAAUGAAGUGUUCUCAUGCUUUACUCUCCCAGCCUCAAAACAACACAGCUACUUUUUUAUCCCUUGCUCUAGAAAGCACCUGUAAUUUAAUUAACAGAUUGCCUGUAGGUAUAGUGCAAUUAUGAAUGCUCUGAUCAUUGUACAUACAUCUCUCUUGAUAUUGCAGCAUCCGUACUGGCUUUGUAAUCAUUAAUUUUUUGGCAGAUUGAAUGUGCUGUAUUGAUAUGUAUCUAUGUAAUUGUAUUGUAUGUCUUAUAGCUAAUUCACAUUUUGAAUAAUGUUAUUUUAUUUACUUUUUUAAGAGAGGAGAAUGUAAAUUUGUCAGUUUAUUUCUGACUAGGGAUAUUUUUUUCCAUUUAGAAAAGAAGAGAAAAAAAACCCUUCCUAUCGUACAGAGCGGUACUAGCAUCGUGCUGUCUAAAAUCAUUUGCACAUUCCCGAGUAGAGGUGUGCUGACCUAAGACCCAAAGGUAAUUUCAUAGCAAACACACAACAUCUGUCAGAGCUUUUAUACAAACAGAGACCAACUUUGUAGACCUUUUGCCAUUUGACCUGGGGUUGGAAUAUGAGCUUUUAUACAAUUCAUAUUCUUAUUUGGCAAAUGCACAGUUUAGCAUUACCUCUCUGGUGGCCUUUAUUAGAAAGGCAGUUUUAGAAGCUAUUGUGAUCCACUAAGGAAAUGUUUUAUCAGCUAGAGACCACUGCUUGCCUGAAAGGGCAACCUUAAAUCUGGUGCAGCAAAAAAAAACAAAAAAAAACAAAACAAACAAAAAAAAGAAAAAAAAAAACAAAACCAAAAAAAAAAAAGAAGAA